AUGUCCGCCAAAUCGAUCCUCGAGGCCGACGGCAAGGCCAUCCUCAACUACCACCUCACCCGCGCUCCCGUUAUCAAGCCCAGCCCUCUCCCUGCGCCUACUACUCACAACCCCCCCAGCAGACUCGCCUCGCUGCACUUCCCAGAGGAUGCCAGUGUUGAGGAUAUUCUGAACCAGGCUGAGGUCACCUACCCUUGGCUCCUCCAGCCCGACGCCAAGUUCGUUGCCAAGCCCGAUCAGCUCAUCAAGAGACGAGGAAAGAGUGGUCUUUUGGCCCUCAACAAGACCUGGCCUGAGGCUAAGGCUUGGGUCGCUGAGCGAGCCGGUAAGGAGCAACAGGUUGAGCACACCACUGGUGUGUUGAGACAAUUCCUUGUCGAGCCUUUUGUUCCUCAUCCCCAAGACACUGAGUACUACAUCAACAUCAACUCAGUCCGUGAUGGCGACUGGAUCCUCUUCACCCACGAGGGCGGUGUUGAUGUCGGCGAUGUUGACGCUAAGGCUGAGAAGCUCUUGAUCCCUGUGGACCUCGCUGAAUACCCUUCCAACGAGGAGAUUGCUGCUACUCUUCUCAAGAAGGUUCCCCAGGGCGUUCACAACGUUCUUGUUGACUUCAUCACCCGCCUCUAUGCCGUCUACGUUGACUGUCAGUUCACUUAUCUCGAGAUCAACCCUCUCGUUGUCAUUCCCAACGAGGACAAGACCUCCGCCGCUGUCCACUUCCUCGAUCUUGCUGCCAAGCUCGACCAGACUGCCGACUUCGAGUGCGGUGUCAAGUGGGCCAUUGCUCGAUCUCCUGCUGCUCUCGGUCUUACCAACAUUGUCCCCUCUGCCGAUGGCAAGAUCAAUAUCGAUGCUGGCCCUCCUAUGGAGUUCCCUGCCCCCUUCGGUCGUGAGCUGACCAAGGAGGAGGCUUACAUCGCUGAUCUCGACGCUAAGACUGGUGCUUCCCUGAAGCUGACUGUUCUGAACGCCAAGGGCCGUAUCUGGACCCUUGUUGCUGGUGGUGGUGCUUCCGUCGUCUACGCCGAUGCCAUUGCCUCUGCUGGUUUCGCCGACGAGCUCGCCAACUACGGUGAGUACUCAGGUGCUCCCACCGAGUCUCAGACCUACCACUACGCUCGAACUGUUCUUGACCUUCUCCUCCGUGCUCCUCAAAGCGAUGAGGGCAAGGUUCUCUUCAUCGGUGGUGGUAUUGCCAAUUUCACCAACGUCGCCAGCACCUUCAAGGGUGUUAUCCGGGCUCUGCGAGACUUCGCUCCUAAGCUGAUCGAGCACAAUGUUUCCAUCUGGGUGCGACGUGCCGGUCCCAACUACCAAGAGGGUCUGAAGAACAUGAAGGCCGCCACUCAGGAGCUCGGCCUCAACGCCAAGAUCUUUGGCCCCGAGAUGCACGUCUCCGGUAUUGUGCCCUUGGCCCUCGUCCCUGGCAAGUGGGAGGAGAGCAAGGCACAGGAGUUCCAGGCUUAA